CCACUCAGCUGUCAGCCGCGCAGCUCGUCCUACACGUCGCCGACAUAGCUCCUUAUUGAGCGUUAGCCGGGUCGCGUCGACGGGGCCUAUCUGGUAUCUAAGAGGGUCGCGACGCUAGUGUCGAAAGACUGUGCGUCGAAGAAGCGUCGCAGAGAUGGGUGGUGGCGAGUACCAGUUGUCGUUUGAGUCCUUCGCACAUGACGAGGACGUGCGAGGGAUCGCUGUGAUCAGCGAGGAUUGCUUUGCCACGUCAUCCCGGGACAAGACCGUCAAGCUGUGGCGACGCACGCCAGCGUCCACGUCAGCAGCCUCCGCAGCGGGCAGCGAAUUCGGCCUGGAUAAAACCCUCGUCGGGCACACGAGCUUCGUGGGCCCCCUGGCGUGGAUCCCUGGGCGGCAAACUGCAGCAGCAGCAGGAGGAGGAGGAGGAGGAGGAGAGGGUACGAGUGAUGCUGCAGGAGCGGGGAAGGGUGUGCUAGUAUCGGGGGGGAUGGAUUGCCUGGUCCUGGUGUGGGAUUUGGAGACAGGGGAGGUGGCGCAGCGACUGGCAGGGCACGAGCAGCAGGUGACUGGGGUCACAGCAACAGCAGCCGGGGACAUCGCAACGUGCUCUGUGGACAAGAGCAUUCGGGUGUGGAGGGACGGUCACUGCCAGCAGCAGCUGUCAGGCCACGAGUCAUCAGUGCUGUGCCUCGCUGCUGCUGCCAACGGACUGCUCUUCUCAGGGUCAGGAGACUGCACCAUUCGGUGCUGGGAAGGCUCCUCCUGCAUAAAGUCCGUCCGGGCUCAUUCAGACUCUGUGCGUGGCCUCGCACUGCUGCCCGCAGUCGGCCUCCUCUCAGCCUCCCAUGAUGGGUCUGUGAAGCUGUGGGACCUCUCCCUGCAGCCUCUCCUUGAGAUGGUGGGGCACACAGCGCUCGUGUACUCCGUGGCAGCCACAGCAGGCGGGGAGCUGAUUGCGUCAGGCAGUGAGGACGCCACUGCCCGCGUAUGGAGGGACGGCGAGUGCAUGCAGGUGCUGGAGCACCCGUCCUGCGUCUGGGCUGUCGCCUUCCUGCCCUCAGGUGACCUUAUCACGGCUUCUGCUGAUGGCGCCAUCCGCAUAUGGACAAGAGAUUCCGCCCGUGUGGCACCGGAGGGUCUGCGGGCCACCUAUGAGGAGAGGGUCAAGUCUUGCAGAAAGAAGAAGACAGUGGGAGGGGUGAACGUGGACGAGCUCCCAGGCAUUGAGGCCCUGCAGCAGCCAGGUCACAAGGACGGGCAGACGCUGAUAGUUCGCGAGAACGAUGUGGGGGUGGCGUACCAGUGGAGCCACAAGGAGUUCAACUGGGAGCGAAUAGGCGAGGUGGUGGAUGGUCCGUCGGAGCCCAUUGAUGCCAAGAUGUUCGAGGGCAAGCAGUAUGACUACGUGUUUGAUGUGGACAUUGGUGAUGGGGUGCCUGUGCGCAAGCUGCCGUACAACCAUGGAGACAACCCGUACGACGUGGCGGACAAGUGGCUGCUGUCGCAGGACCUGCCUCUGGGGUACCGCGAGCAGGUGGUGGACUUCAUUCUGCGCAACACCGGCCAGGCCAACCCCAUGCCACUCGGAGCCACCAUUCCAGACCCCUACACCGGAGGUCAAGCAUAUGUCCCGUCUGCAACACCCUCAUGGGGUGGACCUGCUCCUGCCGCACGAGCACCCGGCCAACCCUCCCCAGCAGCAGCACCAGCAGCAGCAGCAACUGCUGCAGCACCAGCACAGGAAAAGCUGUUUCCUAAGAGGGGCUACCUGGUCUUUGACUCAGCGCAAUACGACGGCAUUAUGAAGAAGCUCAAGGAGUUCAACACCACCCUCGCAACGCAAUCAGCACAAUCCGCACUAUCAGCAGAGCAAUUGGAGCACCUAGACUCGCUAGUAUCUGUGCUGAAGGACACCUCGCACUACCACUCCUCCUCCUUCGCCCCCCAUCACUACGCACUGAUCUCCUCCCUGCUCUCCUCCUGGCCCUCUGCCAAUCUCUUCCCAGUGCUGGACUUAUUGCGGAUGAUGUUGCUGCAUCCAUCUGCCGCUGCAUGGUUCUCUGCCAAUGCCUCUGGACCGGGUGUGUGUGUGCAGAGUCCUGUUUCAGCCCAUGGCAUGCUCAUGGCAGCUAUUCGCAGGGCGGCAGCGGAACCCCCCACACCCGCCAACCACCUCACAGGGGUGCGGGUGGCAGUCAACGUAUUCGGCCUUCCUUCCCUGCACCACUGGCCGCGGCAGCACCGUGCUGAGGUCCUUGACCUCUUUGCCCCCUGUGCCGCCUCCUCCAAUAAGAAUGUCCGACUUGCUCUCGCCACUCUUCUCCUCAACUACGCAGUGCUGCUGGUAGAUAAGACAGCAGCAGCAGCAGCGGGCGAGGACCUGGAGGAGGGGCAAGUGCAAACCCUCUCCGCUGCUUUCGAGCUGGCGGCAGCAUCAGAGGCGGAUGCAGAGGUCCGCUAUCGGGCACUGCUUGCCAUAGCCACUCUUAUGCACAGUGGGGUGGUGAGGGACACAGCAGUGGAGAUGGGAGCAGCAGAGGUUGUUCAGGCAGCAGCAGCAGCCACAGCCACCAAUGCCCUUCCGCAGCUGGGCAGAGAAAUGAAGUCUCUUAUCACCUGAUGACAAGCAGUUGUGUGGUACUUGAACCUCAACACAAAAUGCACAUACCGCAACAGUACUAUACCGAAUUCGACUGGGUGUGCCUCCACAAGCAUCAAUAUACCUUUUUGCAGAGCCGUUAUUUCCUCCUGGCGAUCUAUCUGCUAGCAAUGGCCUUCACUGGCUCCAUUGGCCAGGAGACCAGACCAGCCUUUUGCCAUUGCCAAUGGAUGAAUUCCAAGAAUGGAGUCAACCUCAAGGUUCUUAAAGCGUUACACCACCCCAGUUACCGAAAGCGAUCAGACGGGCCCUUUGGGCCCGUCUGAUCAUCAGACGCCCGAUCUCUCAGUUUCUGAAUAAUCAGAGGUUUUAGAGUAGAGUUUCUAGAAAAUCAGAAGUUUCAGCCUUGCACUUCUAACCAAACGUAUUUCACCUAAUCAUUAUGCCAGA